AUGUCGUCUGCUUAUAAAGAUGGCGAGGAUUGGCUGACCGUCUGUCUCAAGUACCUGCUGUUUGUCUUCAAUUCGCUCUUUUGGGUGGGAGGUGCCGCCGUCUUGGGGGUGGGCGUGUGGACGGUGGUGGAGAAGAGCGAGUUCCUCAGCCUGCUGGCGUCCAGCACCUUCGCCGUCUCCGCCUACAUCCUCAUCCUGGCAGGUGGCCUGGUGGUGCUCACGGGCUUUCUGGGCUGCUGCGCCGUCAUCCGAGAGCAGAGGAGCUGCCUCUCAACGUAUUUCUUCUGCCUGCUGUUGAUCUUCCUCAUUGAACUGGUGGCUGGAGUUUUGGCGUACGUCUAUUACCAGAGGCUGAGCGAAGAGCUGAAGCAGCAUCUCAAGCAGACCAUGACCGACAACUACGCCCAACCGGGGAAGGAGGCCAUCACGUUGGCGGUGGACAAACUACAACAGGACUUCAAGUGCUGCGGCAGUGACAGCUACCAAGAUUGGAUGAGCAGCGUAUACAUCUCAUCCAAGCGCGCUGACGGCCGGCUAGUGCCCGACAGCUGCUGUAAGUCGGUCACGCCGGACUGCGGCUUACGGGAUCACCCGUCCAACAUCUACAAUGUGGAGGGUGGCUGCAUUACUAAACUGGAGCAGUUCCUGGCUGACCAUCUGUUAAUCAUCGGUGCUGUGGGGAUUGGAGUGGCCUGUCUGCAGAUCUGUGGGAUGGUGCUCACCUGCUGCUUGUACAGAAGGAUCAAGAUGGAGCCUUACUGA